AUGUUUACAUCAAAUGGUGCCGAGAGUAUCGGUGCGGAUACUGACGUUGCCGGGGACCAGCUAGGCGAUGCUGAUUAUAGCAGAGCGUCGCUGGACCACGAACACUUUGACGAAGAGAAAUACGGCGACGAGAAGCUGGACACAACUGAGUCGGAGAUCAACGAAGCCGACAUCCAAGCACUUGUGGAGGAAGACCAUGGCCAUGAGAUCAAGCUCCGGACAAUGUCGUGGCAAAAAGCUUCUUGGCUGCUCGCCGGCGACCAAGUCGGUCUUGCCGUCAUGUCCCAGGCCUGGUCACUUUCUGUGCUGGGCUGGGCUGCCGGUAUUAUGACCAUGCUUGUAGCUGGUGUUCUUUUUGUCGUGACCUCGAUUACGAUGCACCGCUACAUUAUGCGAAAUCCGCAAAUCAAGGACAUUUGUGACUUUGGAUACUAUGUCUUUGGCAAGAGUCGUGUGGCGUACGUCUUUAGCGGCUUCAUGCUUUUGGCCAACAACAUUAUUCUUAUUGGUUUUCACAUCUUGAUGAGUGCGCGCGUCUUGAACACGCUCUCAGAUCAUUCGCUUUGUACUGUCGUUUUCAACAUCAUCGGCAUGGUUAUGGGGAUAGUGUUUUCUCUGCCGCGGACCCUGCACCAUGUCUCUUUCAUGUCGAUGUUCUCUGCGUUCUGCAUGGGCAUGGCCAUUCUUCUUUGGCUGAUUUUCUCAGGCAUCCAGGACCAUCCUAUGCAGGGCCCGAAGAAGCUGUUCCCCGAUGACGGACCGGUGCGCACGUAUGCACGCUCUCCCCCAGGCACAACCUGGGUGGAUGCAAUGAAUGCGAUGCUAAAUAUCACCUUUAUGUGGGUCCCUCAAAUUCUGUUCCCUACCUUUAUUGCAGAGAUGGAACGCCCCCAGGAUUUCCCCAAGGCACUUGCCGUACUUACUGGCCUCCAAUUUUUUCUCUUUAUCAUCCCCCCUUCGAUUGGAUACUACUAUUUGGGACAGUACACGACCUCGCCGGCUUUUGCUAGCUUGCAGACGUACACGUACCAGAAGGCGUCCUUUGCAUUUGUUAUUGUUGCUUCCAUUCUUAUUGCGGGUAUCUACGCGAAUGUGAGUGCAAAGUUUAUCUACGCUCGCGUUAUGGGCAAGUCGAGGCACGCACACAGCAAUACGGCCACUGGCUGGGGCAUGUGGUUCCUCAUUAUGGCUGUAAUUUGGGUCGUGGCGUGGAUUUUUGCCGAGGUUAUCCCCAGCGUGGGUGAUUUCCUUUCCCUGCUUGGUGCUGCGUUUGACUCCUUCUUUGGUUUUAUUUUCUUCGCCGUUGCGUACUGGCAGAUGAACAGAGGAAGGUACUUUAAUGGCCUGGGGAAAACAAUGCUCACGCUUGUUCAUGUCAUUGUUAUGGCCUGUGGCUUGUUUUUGCUUGGUCCUGGACUUUACGCGGCCGUGGAAGCCAUUAUUGCCGACUACUCAAGCGGAACAAAACCUGCAUUCAGCUGCGAAAAUGUGGCUUUGUAG